AUGUAUGUAGUGAUCUCGAUUAAACUUCUUGUGGUAAAAAAUAUAUACAACUUAUUAAUGGCAGCUAAUUCAGAAAGAUGCACAUAUAUUAACAAUUAAUGUAAACCAUCCUAUGCUAAAUUGAGAAAUAUUGAAAUUACUGCAAGAUAACUAUCUAAUGAGUGUCAUUGGAAUAGUAAUGUUAUGAGAUGUCUUGAUUGCAGCUCCUAGUGUAAAUCUAACAUCACAGAAGUAGUCAUAGUCAUAGAGAGCUCUAUUUCUAAGACUACCUAAGCAAUUAUCAUGCUUAUAAUGGUAUAUAUUAAUUGA